AUGCCUGAUAUCAUUGAUUUGAUCUCCUCUGACCCACCAUUACCUGAUGAGUUGUUCCUGGAGAGGCCACGAAAUCAACAUGCGUUGCCUUCAUCCUCUCAAAUCCCUCGACGUCUCUCCCACCUAGGAAUAUUCUCAUCGGACUCUAUCGACGCCUCACUCUUUACUUAUGAUGACUUUGAAAACCCUCUAAAGAAGCGAAGAGUGAGCCAUGAAAACCCUCCACCUCCCAGACAUGCCUCUACGGCCCCUGCGCAAAAAUCCACGAUCCCAGACCCAAUCUCCUCCUUCAACUUCUCCGAUGAUGACUUUGGCCUCCCCCCUCCGAACCCCGCCCCACCCAGAAACAAACCAAGAGGCAACAUGAAGGAUUCAGAUCCUUUUGUUAUUACUUCACCCGCCCCGCCUGGUUCAAAGCGCAAGCCUGCAACUCGCGGAUCGGCCUAUGCAACGCCUGAUAUCAUUUCCUUGGACGAUGAUGAUGAGAUUCUUACGAUGGCUGCUGGGAAGAAAGGUCCGGGGGUCCUAAGUCAAAACAGCAUUGAGGAGUUCAGCGACCCGUUUUCUGUACCAGGCUUUGCAGGCAUGAUUAGAGACAAACCAUCUUCUAAGCCGGUUUUUUCUAGUAAAACUACACAAUUGCUUGCCAGUUUGAAUGAGAAAGAGAAACCUAAAGGAAAACAUGCUUCCAGUAGUGCUGCUGGCUAUCGCAAUACUGCUGCUACUAUGACUUUAUCAGAUUUCUCCAACGAGAUGGAAAAAUCGGCUGAACCACGACGACCAGCCAAGAAGACAGGAAAUAUGACGACAGAAGAGAAGGAGGCCAAGGCUAGAGCUCGUGCUGAAGCCAAAGCGCAGAAAGAACAAGAACGAGAGCUAGAGAAAGAGCGGAAACUGAAAUUGAAAGAGGAAAAAGCGAAGCAGAAGCAAUUGGCCGCAGAUCUCUCAGAGGUUAAUAAGCUCAAGGUUGACAAGAAGGACUCUACGCCAGAAAUGAUUAUCGACAUUGCAUCGUCCUUGGAGGAGUCGAGCGCGGGUAACCAGACAGUUGAAUUCAUGCGACGGCUCGGAGUGGAGCAUACCUUUUUUGCCAGUCCGAUUCCGAAUGUUAUCAAAUGGCGCCGAAAGGUCAAGGCGAGAUACAACGAGAUAGCUGGUCAUUGGGAGCCAUGCGCGCUUCAUAUCCAGCAUGAAAAACAUGUGCUUUGCUUGAUUCCUGCUCCGGAAUUCGUCGACAUGGUGAUUCCAUCGCCCGAUGGGGAGGACAGAGAAACAUUAGAAAUUCAUGUCCUCAGAAUUCGAAGCGCCUAUCCGGACCAUAAACCGAUCUAUCUCAUCGAGGGGCUUACAGCCUGGAUGCGCAAGAACAAAAAUUCAAGAAACAGAGCCUACCAGGCCGAAGUACUUCGACAAUUCAAACCCGCUGCCCCUGAACCUCCUGCUACGGGUCGUGGUCGUGGCAGGAAGCCUAAGAACAAACCAGAGACUACCCCACCCGUUGACGACGACACGAUUGAAGACGCUCUUCUAACAUUACAAGUAACAUACUCAUGUCUCAUUCAUCAUACGAACGCUCCUGCCGAGUCAGCCGAGUGGAUCAAGAACUUCACGGAACAUGUGUCCACUAUUCCCUAUCGGCGGGAACGAAUGGAAGGAAAUGACGCAGCAUUCUGCAUGGAUGUCGGCCAAGUUAAGACCGGUGAAGAUAAUCUGGAUACUUUCGUCAAGAUGCUCCAAGAGGUAAACCGAGUUACAGCUUCCAUGGCGUAUGGUAUCGCAGGACAGUAUCCGUGCGUAACGGAUCUUGUCCGUGGGAUGCAGAUGCAUGGACCUACGAUGCUGGAAGAUGUCAGGAAAUCUGCGAACAAAAAUGGUGGACUGACGGAUUCCCGCAUCGGUCCCGCUGCGAGCAAGCGAUUGUACAAGGUAUUUACAGGCCUCGACCCGACAUCUGCCGAUGUUUAG